CUGGCCACUUUAGGAAGGUGACUUCUGGGCAGCUGGACAAGGAAAGAAUGUGACAGGCUGAACUCAUAACAAAGGCGUGUGAGGGGAGGGAAGUAGGGUUGUCACUUGAGACAGAACCAUGCAUCAGGUCUUUAUAGCAGUGGCUGCAACAAGACUAGGUCAGGACCAGUGAAUACUGUAUAAGUGCUAGGAAGAUGGCUGAGCCUGGCUUUCAAAGAUGUCAAGAGGAUUUACAGCUCCGUGACAAUGCAGAAAACAUGGCUGCUGCUGAUCAGGGAGUGAAGUGGGCAACAGAAUUAAUUGAACAGAAGCUGGCACUUGAGGAAGAACAGGAGAAACACCGCUCCCACCCCCCUGCAAAACAACAAGAAAUGGCACGGAUGGACUUUCCACAGCUGGAAGAGGAAAAGAGGCAUGGACUUUUCAACAAAGGUGUCGAGGGGCUUAAGGGCCAGGAGAGGGUGCGAAAGAGCUCUGUGGACCUAAGGCGGGAGAUCAUUGAAGUUGGUGGCACUCAGUACCUCUUUGAGCUACGCAAGAAACCCAAAAAGAAGGAAGAGAAGAAGCCAGAGCCUGAGCCAGAGGAAAUUACAGGUCCUGUGGCAGAAGAGGAUUUCUUGAAAGCUGCUGUACAGGGCAAGGUGCAUGUGAUAGAGAAGUUCCUAGCAGAUGGAGGUUCUCCAGAUACCAGUGAUGAGUUCCGCAGGACAGCUUUACAUCGUGCCUCACUUGAGGGAUACACAGAGAUAGUGGAGAAGCUUUUGGUCUAUGGUGCCACUGUUGACUUGAGAGAUCGACUGGAUGCCACUGCUAUGCAUUGGGCCUGCCGUGGUGGACAUCUUGAUGUGGUGAAACUUUUGCAAGAGAAAGGAGCCAAUUUCAAUGUCAAGGACAAGCUUCUUAGCACUCCUCUGCAUGUGGCCACCCGCACUGGUGUGACUGAGAUUGUGGAACAUCUGAUUAACAGUGGAAUGGAUAUCAACUCCCGUGACCGAGAGGGAGACAGUGCCCUGCAUGAUGCUGUUCGUCUCAAUCGCUACAAGAUCAUUAAGUUGCUGAUUCUGCAUGGGGCUGACAUGAUGGCCAAAAACCUGGCUGGGAAGACUCCUACAGACCUUGUGCAGCUAUGGCAAAAAGAUACGCGGGAAGUGUUGGAGAAGCAAGAGCCAGACACAGCAGAGAUGCCAGCAUGAGGCAGAUGAGGGGAGGGAAGUCUGGUGGGACUCAAGCCAGGAUGACUGUGGACUCCAAGAGGCUGUUGUUACCACCCAAGUUAAAAAA